AUGUCCUCCUCUGUGCGUGCCCUUCACUAUGUUUUCAAAAUCGGCGAUCGCAAGAAGAGCUACGAGUUUUUCGUCAACCUUCUCGGCAUGAAAAUUUUGCGACAUGAAGAAUUUUCGGAGGGCUGUGCUGCCGAAUGCAAUGGGCCAUACAACGGUUUAUGGAGUAAGACGAUGGUCGGCUACGGCGGAGAGGAGAAACAUUUUGUCCUCGAGCUCACCUACAAUUACACAAUCGGUGGAUACACGCUGGGAGAUGAUUAUCGGUCGAUAACAAUCGAAGGCGACUCGAUCUAUCAAAAUCUCGAAUCGAAAGGCCACAAAGCUACAGCCGAUUCCCAUCAAAUCGAACUACCCGAUCCGGAUGGGCAUCUUUUCAUCGUUAAACGCGGCACAAAAGAAGACAUCACGAGGAUUUCCACUAAUGUGCAGAGUUUGGAGAAAAGUUUAGACUACUGGCACGGUCACCUCAAGAUGAAAAUGUUGGAAAAAGACGCGAAACGAGCCGUGCUUUCGUUUGGAGAUGAUCAGGCUUCCUUUGAAAUCAACCAAAUCGACAAGAAAAUCGAUCGGAAAAGUGCGUAUGGGCGAAUCGCGUUCGCAUAUCCGGGAAAAGAGCUUAAAUCAUUGGAAGAAUCAACAGAAAGUGCCGGUUACUCAAUUCUGAAACCUUUCGUCACGUUGCACACACCCGGUAAAGCCGACGUCGAGGUGGUAAUCCUCGGGGAUCCGGACGAACAUGAGAUUUGUUUUGUUGGAGCUGAGGGCUUUUGGGAACUUGCACAGAUCGAUCCGAAAUCCGAUGAAACGCUGCAAAAAGCGAUGGAAAAGGAUUCGAGCGUCGAUUGGUUCAAAGAUGGGAAGAAAUUUGUG